AGUAACUCAGUAAGUGACGAGCGCUCUCUCGGAAGCAGAAAGAAAAGAAAAUCCCAACUUUUCGAGCUCCCCUUUCACGAGAUCUUCUGAAAAAGCUAGGGUUUUCUCCGUUCCCAAGCCAAAGAUUUCCACAUUUUAUGCUCGUCCUCGCUCUAUCUUUCUUUGUUUUCAUCUUCGUCAUUCUCUCUUCAAUUUUGUUGCAGACGCAGUAGUUCGUGUGAUCUCUUGCUGCUUCAUCCUUCUGUUCUGAUCCAUUAAUUUGUUUCUUGUUUUCUGUUCUGAGGAUAUACUUUGUGUUCCAUAGACCAGACGCAGCAUAUACCAUUUGUUUCCAUUUUUCAUCGGUUUUUUUUUCCUCUUUAAAUAAAGAGACAAAGGCAUUAGUUGGUUUGAAGACAUCACUUUUUGGAAACUUCCAUGUGAAGCAAUUUGCGUUGAACGUGAUCCGACUAUUAUUUUCACAGCUCACUAACUGUAAUUGUAAUUCCACAUCACAUGGGAACUUUGUCUUUGUCUCUGUCACUGCCUCUGCCUCUGUCUCUUCAGUAGAAAAUGGGAGCUUCAUUGCCUCGAUCCCCCUUUUUUUGGGUCGUUCCCAAGUAGCCUUUUGGGUCUUUUAGUUCUAUAGGAAAUUAUCCCCUAACCUCUCAGGGCUUUUGGGUAAUUUUUGUGCGAUCAAGAGCUCUCUUGAGAUGGAUGGCAUUGAUGCUUUUGUUUUACAUCCUCUAAGAUUCAGGGAACUUCCAGUCGUUGGCAUCAAAGGAUAUUUACAGUAUCUUUUAUGUUUGAAAUUGAGUUACUGAGUUUAUUUAUUUAGUUGUUUGUAAUUAGUUAGUGAUGGAGGACAUUGGGUUGGUCAAGCAAGGAUGGAAAUGGCUGCAAACACAGAAAAAUGCAUACUCGCGUGUGAAAAAUGCGGCACUGCGUUUGAGGGACAAGAUUGGGGUAUUCGUAGAGCGACAUUGGCCAACGGUGUGCAGUGGCUUUGUGAGAUUUGGCCAGCUAAUGUGUUUCCUGUUGAUUUGUUGGAAGGGUUGCAUCCUAAGAGGUUUCCAGUCAGUUAUCAAACUGGGUUCAGCAGCAUUGCUUCUUAUAAUGUGGAGUGGCUUUCUUAGUCUCACUUCAAUGUCUUGUGUGCUUUAUGUCUUGCUUAGUAUGGUAGCUGCAGGAGCUGCUGUUCAGUAUUUGGGUUAUACUCCUGGAAUUUUUAUUGUAGGACUCUUUGCUAUUUUAAUUUUGUGGAUGUAUGCUAACUUCUGGAUAACUGGAACAUUAUUUAUAGUUGGAGGUUACUUCUUCUCUCUAAAUCAUGCUCGUUUAGUGGUCCUGAUGGCGACAAUAUAUGCUAUUUAUUUUGUGAAAGUUCGAGUUGGAUGGCAUGGUGUUUUCCUAUCAAUAAACCUUACAUUUUUAUCAAACGAUGUUUUAAAUUUUUUGCUCCAAUGGUGUGACAAUAUCAAUGAGAGUAAGCAUUUUGAAGAGCAGAAGGAAUCUGAAACAGUUAUGCGAGAUGAGUUCUCUCCGGAGUGUGAAUACUCAGUUCCUACUGAUGAAUCUGAAAAGUUGCAGUCAUGCAAAUCAUCAAGCAAACCAGCCGCUACUUCAUCUGUUAUCAGCAACCAAAAUGAGACUUUCAGUAGAAAGGUGGUUAGAGAAGAAAUAAGUUCAGCUGAUGAGAUGAGAAGGAUAUUGAAUAGUGUAGAUCAUUAUGAAGCACUAGGAUUUCCUCGCCAUAAACGAAUUGAUGCUACAAUCUUGAGAAGGGAGUAUCGAAAGAAGGCCAUGCUUGUUCAUCCUGAUAAAAAUAUGGGAAGUCCUUUGGCAAGUGAAUCAUUUAAGAAACUUCAAUGCGCUUAUGAGGUUCUUUCUGACUCAUCAAAAAAGUGGGACUAUGAUGAGCAAUUAAGGAAGGAAGAGUCCAAGACUAGGAGUGUUUGUCAAAAGUCCCAUGGUACUCAUCAGGCCAACCAAGACUAUUGCUCUGAGGAGUCAAGGCGUAUACAGUGCACAAAGUGCCACAACUCACAUAUAUGGGUGUGCACCAAUAGGAGUAAGGCUAAGGCCAGAUGGUGUCAGGAUUGUUGUCAGUACCAUCAAGCCAAAGAUGGAGAUGGGUGGGUUGAAUACAAAGGUUCAUUGGUCUUUGAUAGGCCUCAAAAGGUGGAAAUACCCUGUGCUUUUGUCUGUGCUGAAAGCAAAAUCUUUGAUGUGUCAGAAUGGGCUAUUUGUCAGGGGAUGGCAUGUAGGCCUAAUACCCAUAGGCCUAGCUUCCAUGUAAACAUGGUUGGUUUGGAGAAGACGCCACGUUCCAAAUCAAGCAGAUUCCCUUGGGAUUUGGAUGCUGAGAUGAUGGAUGAGAAUGAAGAAGAAUUUGAGCUGUGGCUUCAGCAGGCCUUGGCUUCUGGGCUCUUUUCUGAGACUUCCACACGCAGAAAGAGCUGGAGUCCAUUCAAAUUGCAUCAAAAGAAAGGGAAGAAGCAAUGGAGAAGAUCAUCUACUUGAAAGAUUGAAGGGACUAAUGGAGAAGUACAGAAAUUUUCACAGCCCCUCCCAAGUAAAAUGGAACUGUGUUUUAGUUGAUUAGUCACAAUCAAAGAUCACUUGUUUCUUCGUCAAAAUCUGAUAUGAACAGUCCCAGCCAAGACAGGUUUUAGGGGUGAGCUGGCUUUGAGAGCUGUAGAUGUUUAAUCAACAUUUCAGGGCAUUUUUUAGCAUAUAACAGUUGAUAUUUCCUUGCAAUGCCCGCCAGCAAAAAACCAACCCCCCCCCCGGCCCCUUCUUGAUAAAGAAGAAAAACAAAGGAAAUAAUUUUGAAUGAGAUGCACUCUUUUGGUGCAUUGUUUUCCCAUUUUGUGUAAAUAUUAUUUUGAAUAAAAUUCUCAUUUCGCCA